CCAGGGGAAACAGGCAAGUCUGUGCCCCUUGCCACACUCCUGUCCAUCAGCUGAACUGACUGCCAGGGAGAAGCUUCUGGUCAAAAGGGCAGCAGGAAAGCUUUUCCUGGCCUUUCCACAGCCUCAUUAGCAUACGAGUGCCCCUGCUUUAUGCUAUAAAGGAGACUCCCAUGACACACAGGGAAGGGGCUCAGUUAACGAGUUCCUAAUAACCAAAUCCACAGCCAGAGCGGAAUUCCUCCCGGAACCUGGGACCUUUAUAAAGUGGCAAGUGCAGCGUCUUCUCCAGCGUCAGCCAUACAGCUCGGGACACCAGCAUGAGGCUCCAUCACCUGCUCCUCGGGGUCCUCUUCCUGGUCCUGUCUGCUGGGUCAGGAUUUACUCAAGGAAUAAGUAAUCCUCUAAGCUGCCGUAGGAAUAGAGGCGUCUGUUUGCCUAUCAGGUGCCCUGGAAGACUGAGACAGAUUGGCACCUGUUUCGGGCCCCGAGUAAAAUGCUGCAGGAGGUGGUAAAAGAAGGCGAAGAUGUGGCCGGGACUGAUGUGGAGAUAGAAACUGCGCCCUUUGACAGAGCGUCUAAAAUUUAAACCAGAAUAAAUUUUGUUCAAAAUUAAAGAAUCUUGCCCACUGG